GGACAUUCCCGUAAUUUCAUCCCAGUACCCAUACCCAUCUUACACCGCAAGGCACGCAGAGAGUACCCCUAGAUUUUCGCUGCGUCUUCUCCUUCUUCGGCUCCUCAUUAAAAGAAUCGAUCUCGAGGUUUAGGGUUUCGGUUUUCGUUUCUCAUAAAAUCGCUCCUUCAUCUCGCACUUUAUUAUAUAAUCGCCAUGUCCAAGAGGGUUCUUUGUAAGUUCUUUUCUCAUGGGGCAUGUCUGAAAGGGGAGCAUUGUGAGUUUUCACAUGAUUGGAAAGCCUCUCCAAAUAAUGUUUGCACCUAUUACCAGAAAGGACUUUGUACAUAUGGUAGUCGUUGCAGAUACGAACAUGUUAAAGCUUCUCGAGGCCAUUCUUCUGCUUCAUCUUCAUCAACAAAUGCACAGCAGUCUCUGAUUUCAGAUCCUGUUCCUCAAGCUUGUAGUGCUAGAACUCAAUUGGUUGGGGUUACUCCAGUCCUAGGUACUCCCAGGGAGUUAUAUGCUUCAAGUAGACCUUUAAUUCCUGCUGCUAAACCUGCCUGGAAUCAAGAGUUUGGGCACCAUGAUCCUCUAGAUGAUGGGGAUAUUGGGGAGCCUAGCGGUAAUAGACCAGCUGACCAUUCUAUCUGUUCAUUUGCUGCUGCUGGUAAUUGUCCCCGCGGAGAAAAAUGUCCUCAUAUUCACGGUGACUUAUGUCCCACUUGUGGAAAGCACUGCUUGAAUCCUUUCAGACCUGAGGAAAGACAGGAACACUUGAAGAUGUGUGAGAAAAAGCAAAAGCACCUGGAGGCGUUAAAACAUAGUCAAGAAAUAGAAUGCAGUGUUUGCCUGGAACGAGUUCUCUCAAAGCCCACAACAGCAGAACGGAAGUUUGGGUUGCUGUCCGAAUGUGAUCAUCCAUUCUGUAUAUCCUGUAUCAGGAAUUGGCGUAGUAGUUCUCCAACCUCUGGGAUGGAUGUUAAUAGUGCUUUGAGGGCCUGCCCAAUUUGUCGCAAGUUAUCGUACUUUGUUAUUCCUAGUGUCAUUUGGUAUACUACAAAGGAAGAGAAGCAGGAAAUUGUUGACAGCUACAAGACUAAGCUCAAGUCAAUUGAUUGCAAGCAUUUUGACUUUGGGAAUGGAAACUGCCCAUUUGGGACUAGUUGCUUUUACAAGCAUGGAUAUCGAGAUGGCAGUCUGGAGGAGGUAGUUAUACGACAUCUUGGGGCUGAAGAUGGGCACACUGUGAUAGCUAAAGAUAUUAGGUUUUCUCUGUGCCUCUUAUUUUCAUUCCAGUUUUCCAUUUUUCUUCCUCUUUCUUUUUAGUUAAUUCUGUUGUCCUCACUGAGUUUUGGUUUUUGACAGGCUGUCAGAUUUCCUUGCUAACUUGCAUUUAAGGUGAAGGGUUGCUGAUAUAUACUAUAGAGAUAUCUAAUUUUUAUGGAGAAGCCAUGUGCCACUUCAAUUGCAGAGUUCUCUUCAAUUGCCAGUGUGACACUCCAGUUUGUUGUGAGAUUUGCUUGCUGGAGCGGACCAGAGCAAGGAAGGCCGGGGCAUGCUGCCGUAUUUUAUUAGACUGCAUUUUCUAUCAAAUCAAUAAAAUCAUAGGUACGCCAUUCAUUGGAUGGAUGUGUUUGAUAGUUCUCCUCAGCUCUGGAAAAUGAAUUUAAGUAAUGGACGCUCAAAUAGCCGAGCUGUUACUAUGUUUCCCUUGUCACCAGUGAGAAACUGUUUUACGUAAUGGGUUUUUGUUUCUGUUGUUGUCAAUGUCGAGCUAUGAUGACAUGUUCCGGGAAACAUUGUCUUUGAGCUUCUUUUGUAUUCUUAUCUGGAUUUUGCUACCGGCGGCGUUUUCAGGCAGGAAAUAAAUGGUGGCAAGAGCUCCGUAAAACUUAGCUUCUGUUUUGUAUUUUACUUGUUUUAUUCAAAGUGAUUACUUGACUUUUUUGGAGUUAUGCUCGUAAAUGCCACUAUGUCAAUGGGAAAAGGAUCUUGAGAUGGAUGUUAUUUAUUUCAU